GGGUGUGAGUUCUUGUUCUUCCCCUUCCUUCCUUUGUUUGUUCUUAUGGCUCCCACUUGUCUGGGAGGCACUGCAUGGACUGUAGUUCAAGUAUUGGUCACUAGGUGGUGUGGGCAUGCUGUGGAAGGGUGUGUUUCCCUUUUCAUUUGUCGUUUUUUGUGAGCGCCGAUUUUUUUCCUGCGCGGUCUCAGUAGCGUCAACAUGGCGAAGCGUGGCGUGACGGACGAAGAAAUUGCUCGCAAGUUACAUCGUGAUUUAGAAGAAAGUGACAUUGAUUUGUCAGAGGAAGAUAUUGUAGAUGACUCUGAUGAUGAUGAUGUGGACUAUGUUCAAGAAGAAGUUGGCAGUUCAGAUUCAGAAGAGGAGAGCAGGUAUCCAUGCACUUCAGCAGCAAGUAAUCCCAUUGAUAUUGUGCCUGAAGAACGAGCGAGACUGACGGCAAGGAGGAUCCGAGACCUGCGCAUCGCACCGAUUCUGAGGAAGGUUGGACGACUACUGAUCGUGCACCAGAUAUCGAUCUAUUCUCACGACAAUCUGGAAUAUGCAAUGUUGUCAGUUUAGACCAGAACAGUGCACCUCUUGAAUUUUUCUCAUCUUUCCU